AUGGCUUAUCUUUUAGGCAGAGGCUUAGGCAAAGAGGAAAGCCCCCCCGUGGACACCGUAAUAUUCGUGCUAUGCAAUGAGGCUAUUAGUGGCCAAGGCUGGAAGAUUCGAUGCAACAAUAAGGAGCGUGAUAGUUUCUCGCAGGUCAAAAAGCCUGCCUUGUGCUGA